CUCCUCGCAUCUGCGAACCCACCCACUUUCAUCGUUCAAAGGUGGGGGAUGGGGUACCGAGAGUCCAUGCCAAGUUGCAACCGAAACAACAAAAUGAACAAGGACAAAGUACAUCGGCUACUAAAGCUUCACCAUCCAUAGCUACUUGAUCUGUCAAUUCCAAGCACAAUCAGGCAACUUUCCAACAGCUCGAAGUUUCCUGGAAGCUUGUCACGUUCUCUCCCCUAGUCUUUACCCGUUACCCCUACAAACAUGCCUAUCGCAGUUACACCGCCAGCGGCACAUGCCGCGCUGAAGGAUACUGUUUUGUUCUCCCCUUUGAAGCUUGGCAAGCUGAACUUGAGGCAUCGAAUUGUGCAGGCACCCAACACGCGCAUGAGAAGUGAAUUCGAGUCCCGUGGAGUUUAUGUCCCUGGCCCUCGCAUGGUCAAGUACUACAGCGAUCGCUCCAGUGACGGCGGUCUUCAGAUUACUGAAGCGACCGACAUUGCCCUGAACGCUAGUGCUUACCCUGGCGUCCCUGGCGUCUUUACCGACUCCCAACUACAGGGAUGGAAGAAGGUAACGGACGCUGUCCAUGCCAAGGGCGGCUUUAUCUUUACUCAGCUAUGGCAUACAGGACGGGCGUCCUGUAGUGCGCAGCGAGGUGGUGAGAGGGCCGUGUCUUCCGGGGAUCAGCCCAUGCCGGGUACAUAUCUGGAUGGCACUGAUACCAAGGAUGACCCCCCUCGAGCCCUGACAGUGGAUGAAAUUCACAGCCUUACUGCUGAAUGGGCAGCUGCCGCCAAGCGAGCUGUUGAAGUCGCUGGGUUCGAUGGUAUUGAGAUUCAUGGUGCCAAUGGUUAUCUCCUUGAGCAGUUCCUUCAUGAUAACAUCAACAACCGAACUGACGAGUAUGGCGGCUCCGUUGAAAACAGAUGCAGAUUCCUGCUUGAGGUUCUCACUGCAUGUUGUGAUGCUAUUGGUGCCGACAAGGUCGGUCUUCGACUUUCGCCUUACAACUACUUUCAGGGCACGAAGGACAGUGAUCCCAACGCUCAUUGGUCGUACCUCUGCGGCCAGAUCGCCAGUCUGCCAGACAACCAUAAACCUGUUUACGUCCACAUGAUUGAGCCCCGUUUCGACGAGGUUCUCGAUGAGCAGCAAAAGCUCGCUGCACUUGCCAACGGUAGUAGCAAAGAUGGUACUGCUGUUGAAGUUGGAAAGCAGGCAAACUCGCUCAACAUAUUCCGCAACAUUCUCCAGCCUUCUGGAAUUCUAUUCAUGGCCUGCGGAAACUUCAACCGAGACAAUGCUCCCACCAAGAUCAAGAGUCAAGAGGCUGACUUGGUCGCUAUGGGCCGACACUUUAUUGCCAAUCCUGACUUGGCUGAGAGAUUACAGAAUGGCUGGCCUCUGAACGCAUAUGACCGCAGCACAUUUUACGGUGCCGAUCCUCCGGAGAAGGGCUACAAUGACUAUCCUUUCUACAGCCCCUCAAAUGAGGUGAAGAGUGAAGCAUAAAGUGGGAGUCUGCGGUGGAGGUCGAUUCUAUAGACUAUAUAUUGGCGUGGGCAGCUUAGCUGCCAUGGAAUAAACAGGUAUUCAAAUGAAAUUUGAUUCCAACAGUGAGA